GGCAGUCUCAGCCACUUUAGCCGGCCACGACUGUCUGAUAACGUCGGUGAAGGAGCGAGAUAACUUUUGUUUGCGAUUCAAGUGUUUCAGAAGAGUUCAGGCGGGAUGUAGUGUAGGAAUGGUCAGCCUCUGAGGAAAUCAGUGACGUUAUUUUCUUUCAUGAUGGGAGAAAAUGUUACAUUUGGUAAACUUCCCGGAGCAUAUGGCAUGAACGGCACAGAUGCAGCGACGGCGGUUAAUGACUCCGUCAAAGUUCCCUGUGUCAACAUCACGGGAAACGUGUCCCAGUUGAAAUGCAUGGAUCCAGCAUCAGGGACAUUACCAAGAGAAAUUACAUUCGACAAUGACAACCUGGUGUCUGUGAUCGCUUACUCUUGUCUGUUCCUCGUGGCAGCUUGUGGGAACCUAACUGUUUUCAUAACGUUAUUUCGGAACAGGAAUAUCAAGUCCCGUGUCAAUCUCUUCAUCAUGCACCUGUCAAUAGCGGAUUUAAUAGUUACUUUCGUCAUGCUGCCGUUGGAGACGACGUGGAACAUCACAGUCGCAUGGAAGGCUGGUGAAGCCGCCUGCCGCAUCCUUAUGUUCUUUCGUGCCUUCGGUUUGUACCUUUCCUCCUUCACGCUCGUCACGAUCAGCCUGGACAGGUAUUUUGCCAUCAUGCGCCCUCUCAGUUUAAACGACGCCGACAAACGAGGGAAGAUAAUGUUGGUGCUGGCAUGGAUCUUCAGUUUCGUCGCAAGCAUCCCACAGAGCGUCAUAUUCCACGUGGAGAAGCACCCGGUCUACCCCUGGUUUACACAAUGUGUCACGUUCAACUUCUUCCCGACGCCCAUCCACGAGCUGGCCUACAACCUGUUCCACGUGAUCGCCGUCUACGGCAUGCCGCUUCUCAUCAUCACAGUCUCCUACUCGCUCAUACUCUGUGAAAUCUCAAAAAAAUCCAGGCAAAGUAAAAAUGAGCUUCAAGAUACAUCAUCAAGGGCAAAAAUUGGGCUGAGGCGAUCCGCAAUGGGGAAUAUUGAACGGGCAAGGAUACGUACGUUGAAGAUGACUCUCGUAAUUGUGGGCGUAUUUGCCAUGUGUUGGACACCAUAUUUUGUCAUAUCAGCUUGGUGGUGGUUUGACAAGGAAUCGGCUCGGAAAGUGGACCAUACAAUACACAAAGGUUUCUUCCUGUUUGCCGUCUCCAACUCCUGCAUGGACCCUAUUGUUUAUGGGAUGUUCACGAUUAAUUUCAAAAGAGAAUUUAAACGAUGUUGCUGCUGUCUACGUUCCCGAUGGCGAAGCAAGAAACUUGGGGAGGUCACCAGCACCAGCCGAUCCUUCAUCGGCGCACAUCGCCAGGGACGACGGCUGUCCCAGAGUUCCAUAUCCUCGAAGACAACAGAAAGAGUGUACUUCCGUAGUCCUGAGUCGUCGACAGGGUGCAUCCGCUACCUCCCUGCCCCCAAUUGCUCCCCAACCAAGUCCCGCAUGUCCCUCGUCUCUGUCUCCCGGGAGAACAGCGUCUCGAGGGCCAACAUUAACAACUUUGUUGGCUUCUGAUAAUCAUCCAGCGAUGAACUGAGAGCUGUGAAAUUUGUAUGGUCGCUUCAUUAUGUUUGCCUGGAGGUGCACCGACGAAGUAACUUACAGGAAUUGUAUUCUUUCUGCCUUAAAGACGUGACAGUUCUUGCCAUAGUUCGACAAGUGUACUUAGAAAUAUGUUGAUGUCUGUCAAUGUACACAUGCAAGUAGAGAACCGAAAGCGCUUAGAGCUCUUCAUUAGAAUGGAAAAAACUCCUUAAAAGUGUGACAUGGUUUAAAAUAGAUUGUUAUCCCUGAAUUGUGAAAGGCAACUCAGUACGCUCAUCUGUAGUGAUACAAUACCUCCAUCCCAGCCAACCGUUUGAUGAAUGUAUAUAUUAAUAUGUGUUGGCAUGUGGCUGUUGUUUGAUCGUAACUCUUGUCAAGCUAGCAUACAUUCAUGGCACGCCCACACCCAUGUAGCAUGACCAUUCAGUUUUAUAUCGUUUAAGCUGUUGAGUUUGAAUCCCGAAUCCGAGACUACAUUUUGUUUCUAGCCAAAUACUGACAUCCAUCUGACGCAUUCUUGAGAUGCUGUUCACGGAAACUCGGCUUCCGGUCUAUAUAUGCAAACUUUAAUGAUAUUGUGUGAUAAAUAAAAAGAUGUUUGUAAAACAUUUAGCAUCACUGCCGCAGAGUUUAGGAAUUGGUAACUCUACUGAAUCUUGAAUAUAUUUUAGAAAAUAUUAUAUAUUUAUUAUUAUAGUUACUGUAUUGCCUGAUGAAGUAUGCCAAGAAGAACGUUACAUCCUUGGGAUUGCAAAGAGGUGAUUGAUGCACGAGUAUAAUGACCCUGAGAGCCGGUCGUGUGCUGGGUGUGGUAAAGCAUGUGCAGGUAUAUGACAGUGGUUAAAAGGGUGAUAGAAUGAAAUAUGUGCACGUGUGUUUGACAGCAGUGUCUUAAAGAGAGAUAUCUGGACAUGUAAAAGUUCACGUUACAGCUGUGACGUAAGAUAAAUGUUCCAAAUAUGUGAACGUGAGUUUUAUAAGACAAUAAUACGAACGUGUAGUUGACAGGUAUGACAUAAAUCGAGGCACUGAGACAUAUGCAAGUGUGUAUGGUAGCGGUGACGAAAGGUGAAGCUUGUUGUCGUGUCAGUGUCUUUGCCAUCGAUGACGUAAGACGUAUGGACAUGUCUUGCAUCAGGCAACGUGCGCGUACGGGUGCCAGUGAUGGCGAUAGUUGAAGCUUAAUGACAUGACACGUACAUUUGACACGUGGCACGUGUGUUGAAAAGUUCUGAAGUGCACAUGUGCGGUGGGUUAUUAUGAUGGGAGUGCUUCACGCGUGUUUCAUACGAUAAGAUCAUACGACACAUGCUUCGGACAAUGGUGAUGCGGAACUCUCCACUCAAGCACACGUGAACGCGAUGGUCAUAUAAUUCCGAUACAACUAUAUAUGGUAUUAAUAUUAAAAGGAAAACAAUAAUGUUGGAUAAAUGUUAAAAUACAAACUACAAGUUUGAUAAAAUAUCCCUUCCCUUGAAGGGAACUUGUCACUGUGUAUUGGUAUGUGUGUAAAUAUACCGUGACAUGUGAUAUGUUUAAAACUAUGUGGCUACAUUCCCGGCUCUGUGGUAAUAUAACUUGACCCCAGUCAUAUAUAUAUUACUGCAGUAUAUUUUGUACAUAAACAUGUAAAUAAAUAUUAUGUUUGUUUCA